AUGCCAUUGGAACCAUCUUCCAACAUCAUGGGCAACAGCACAAACACCAACACUCCCUCAACCGUCACCACCACAAUCGCGACCACCGACACCGGAAACGGCCUCGCCAUCAUCGCCGCCAUACUCCAAAGCGAGCUCGACCGAAAGCUGACGGACCUCAAGGACAUCCGCGAGGCCUACGCGGGGAUCAUCGAAAACUGGACCGACGACCGGCCGGAAGCCCCCACCAAGUACUGCCAUACCGUCCAAGUCUGUUGGGCGCAUGCGAUAAAGAUGUGGCAGUACCAGCAUCGAUUGCAGGAAGCUACUGCAAAGAUUGAGGGUGAGAUCGCCCAGUUCCGCAAGGAGAUGUUGGAUGCAUUGGUGAGAAGCCAUCGUUCGGGAUCUGGCUCCGCUGCAUACUCGGAGUAA